ACUCGAGUACAGAUACCGAGGUCACCUGACAGAUGCAGGCUUCGAGACAACCACUGCCGAGCGUGGUGAAGGCUGCUUCCACGAUAACCGAUAGGAGUGGCGGCUGCUAACGGCGCGUCACGCGUCACGUCGCGGUGUGGAGUGUCGUAGCGCGUGUCUCAGUGUGUGUAGUGUCAGUGUGUAGUGUCAGUGUGUACCCGUGUCAGUUUGUGAGGACAGGACCCGAGUCGUGCCGCGCCCGCAGUCCCUCCCCGUCCACAGCUGACACUGACCAUGGUCGCCGAACAUCCAAACCACGUCGGUUCCCGAGAAAAAGAUCUUGUUGAGUUAGAAGUAAUGCCGGUGGCCAGUGAUGAAGAGCCGGUGAGGGUACCAGAGGAGGCAGAGUAUCUGGAGGACCAAGAAGAGCCGGAGACCAACAAAUGGCGUAACUUGGUUGCAUUUUGGAUCUUGGGGCUCUGUAACAACUAUGGCUAUGUGGUGAUGUUGAGCGCUGCCCAUGACAUUCUGGCCCAGCAUGAUCCCAAUAAGCAUUCUCAGGAUGGUUCUGUAAUAAACACAGAUCCUGACAAGAGGGACUGCAAUUACUUGUCGACUGGAGCAAUCCUUCUGGCAGAUGUAAUUCCAUCACUACUCACCAAAAUUAUAGCUCCAUUCUUCCCAUUAUGGGUUCAUUUCCGAAUGGUCCUCAUCAUCGUGCUUGGCUGUGCGGGGUACAUCAUAGUGGGAGCCUCUCAGACCCAGUGGGUGGCAAUCCUUGGAGUCGUCUGUACAGCCUUCUCCUCAGGUCUCGGCGAAGCUACACUUCUGUCCUACAUGGCGUUCUUUAAAAAUAAGAAUGUGAUCUCUACCUGGUCUUCUGGCACAGGAGGAGCUGGUUUCUUCGGGUCUCUUAGCUACGCCUCCCUGACUGCUCUUGGUCUCUCCCCCUCCAUGACCCUCUAUGUUCUUCUGGUGGUUCCUACUCUCAUGGCCUUCUCGUUCUGGGUGAUCUUGGAGAGACCACAGCUUGAGGACAGUGAUAGCUCGACAGUGGCAGAUACCAUCUCUGCUGGGAAUGAAGAGAGAGUACCUCUUGCGUUCACCACAGACUCUUUCAGUGAGAAGUUGAAGGCAAUCCCUCCUCUCUUCAAGUACAUGAUACCACUUGGCCUAGUCUAUUUGUUUGAGUACUUCAUAAACCAAGGUUUGUUUGAACUGAUCUACUUCGAUAACAUAUUCAUCAACCACGCGGAACAGUACAGAUGGUACCAAGUGGAUUACCAGAUUGGUGUCUUUAUAUCAAGGUCUUCCGUCAAUCUGUUAAAGAUAAAUGCUACCUGGCUUCUGGCUGUUUUACAGGGUAUAAAUGUGAUUCUGUUUACAUUUGAGGCACUUUAUUCGUUCCUCCCCAAUAUCUAUAUUGUGCUGGCUGCAGUGUGUUGGGAGGGUCUGCUGGGUGGGGCCGCAUAUGUCAACACCUUCCAUAAAAUCAACACAGAAGUGGCCCCAGAGAAGAGAGAAUUUUCAAUGGCCAUUACAUCAUUGGCAGAUGCCCUGGGAAUAACCAUCGCAGGGUUCCUAUCCAUGCCAGCCCAUAACUACAUCUGCGGCUUGCCUCGUCACUUGUAGCAAACUAAACAAAGUCUUGCCUUUACUACAUGUGGCUUCAUCUUAUUUAAUGUCUAACCUGAGUCGUUUUUUUUAUUCAAAGCAUACUAUAUUUAUAAUUAACAAGCUUACUUUAAAUGAAAUAAUGUACUGGUAUAUCUUGGCGUGUCAAGCGGCUAAUUAUCUUUGAUAUGUUGGAUGGUAACAUUUUAAUAAAAUAUGUACAUUUGGUGUAACAUUAUAACAUUUUGGUGUAAAGUUAUUGCUAAGUGUUAUUUGUUUAACUGUUAAAGUUGAUAAUAAACCAGAUGUUUGUAAAGUAUUCUUUUCAUAUAUUAAACAAUGAGCUGAGUUACAGCAUUUAUAAAACUUGUUGUAUGUGGAUCAAUGAAACUUCCAGGUUUUCAAAGUACACCAAGGAAUUAAAAGUUGCUUCAACAAUAAAUUUGUGUAAAAGUCUGUGAUAGUAAAAAAGUGAAUUCUUAUAGUGUCUUUUGUGGAGAGUAUCACAAAAAGAGGCUAUAUUCUUCGGAAAUAUAAUAUAUAUAUAUAUAUAUAAAAUAUUUAUAGUGGAGAUAUUUUUUUAAUAAUAUGAUAGUGGAGUUUACAAUGAGAACUGUAUUGAUAACUGUAUUUUUGUUCAUCUUGUCUUCUAGUUACAUUAAGGAAAUAAACAUUUAAAGCACAGCUGUGUUAGAUAGCAUUAUGAAAGUUCACUGUCAUAAGGAAUCAAUCAAUGUUAAACCUAUAAGGUUAGGCCUAUAACAGAUUUCAAUAAUGAAAAAUAAAUGUGUCAUGAAACAUUGAAAUGACAAUUUGAAAUUAACAAACAAGCUGUUUUGUUCUCCCUCAUCUUAUUCCAACUCAAGGCUACUUUACUAUUUAUUAACUGAUUGAAUUGAAAGAAUAAAUUCACUAUGAAAUAAUUGCUAAUCUUAAAACAUGAUCUCAGUCACAUACUAUGCACUCUUAACACUGACUGCUAGACAAAUUAUGAUAAAAGUAAUGGAUCCAUUAAAAGGCAGGAGCUAAAAGCAAUGCUCCCUUUCAGUUUUCUAAAAUUGUUUAUUCAUUGUAAUUUAUCAUAUGUUUUGUUGUAACUAGGGCCACUAUAUCACCGGAUUUCCCCACAGAUUACCGGAUUUAGACGAGAUAAUUAUAGUUCCCGGUAAUUCACAAAAUAUUAAAAACCUCCUCUUUAUUACACCAUGUAAUGACUGCCAAAGCUGGUCCAACUCUCCCUUUAUGCGUAGUCUAUUACUAUUACUUUGUGGCUUCAUUUCAGCAGAAAACUUUGUUAACUUUUACUUAUAUUAAAAUAAGCCAUCAAGUCGCUGAGGAUACAAAGAUUUCCAGUGCCUGUCAAAAUGAAAUGAGUGAACCAGAUCUAAUCGAGGAUCAAAGAACCCAUACCUAGAUCAGCAUUUUGGUAUCUGUUCUAUAAUUUGUAUUUUAAUUCAUUACUGUCAAAAGAUGCAGCUGCUAUGUCAAGUUAUUUACAACAAUAAGUUAGCUUACUUUGUAAGGCAAUGUUUGUAGCAUAUUAUGGUUAAUAUAAUUAAUUGUGAUAAUAUUGGUGACAAAAAAUAGACCAAAUGUAAAAAAUUUGUCCUUUUAAUUAAUUCUUAAUAACAUAUUUCCUAAUUUGUAUCUGUAGAGAGGGUGUUUUAUCUAGUCUGCCCAAUGGAAAAAAAGAAUACACUAAGAGAAGAGUCAAUUACAAGGAUUUUAAUGUGUAAAAUAUAGCUUCAAUUUAUAUUCUUUAGAGAUACACAAAUAUCUUUUGUCAAAUAAAGAUGUAUUGAAAAAGAUGUGGUUCACCAACAAAUAUCAGAUAACAUUCGUAGGCCUACUAUAUUCAUAAUCUCCUGGGUCCAGUACUGGAUAAAUACCCACAAAUGUGGUGUGUCCUUUCAGAUAAAAGUAAUAAAUGAGAUUCUAGAUUUAAGACAUUUUUUCUAUUGACUUUUUACUAAAGGUAUAGAACAUGUCAAAUUUUAAAUACAAUAUUCAAUGAUAAGACAUUAGUGUUUUUAAUGAAAUAGUAUUAAUUUCAAAUAUAUACAUUAUAAAUAUAAAUAUUAGUUGUACAAAUUACUUAGUUUGACAAUUAUUGUAUUAAAUAUAGCAAUGUUUUAGAAAAGGUAAAACAACAUGCUAUGUGCUAUGAUAUAAACAGAAAAUGCAUAGCAUAUCACAAAUACAAACCAUCAAUACAUUCAUUAGGUACACAUAGAAUAAAUAAUUGUUAGGUAAAUAAAUAAACAGUGAAAAUAAUAAUAACAGCAAUUAACCCAUUGUAUAUUAAAAAAGAUAAAUAGAAUAGGUUAAAAAUAGGUUUAAAACCGCAACAAAAACAGCUGAUUAUGUAAUUGAUCUUUGUAAAGUCUAAGGUUAAAAAAUCAUCAACUGUAUGGAUCCAAAAUAUACAUGUUAAAUUAGGUUUUUGAGGUAUAGCCCCACAAUGUCUGAAAACCCUUAUGAUGGCACUAAAAGAGUUAAAUGCAUAAAUUUUAUUUGAUCACUUAAGGUUCUGUCAAAAAACUAAAGACACAACCAAGACAAGACCUUUGGCACAAAUGGAAGACCUUUGAAACUAUAUUUAUUACACUAAUGGAUAUGCAAUUGCCAUAGUUGGACUUACCCUUCUUAUGGACAGGGAAAUCUUUAGAAUAUUUAAAGGCCUCAGGAAAGAUAUCUUUACUGAUACAUGACUUAUACAUUUGAGUGAGCACAUCAGGUGAAUUACUACUACUAAAAUAUAAAAAUAUUAGCUGCCAACUGGUAAGGUGAUUAAAAAUAACUGAUAAAGAAUUAUUAUUGAGUUUAAUAUUUUAAUUGUACACUUGUUAUUUACAAGGCAAUUAAGUUAAUUAGCAAAUAGUCCAUGUUAAUAAUAUGGUUGUUUUAAGUCUGUACUUAAUCAAUAUUUGUAAAAAGGGCUAAUUUAUUUUGUACAAUAGUCUCUUCAGUUUACUAUUUUAAAAUUAUAAAAUGUAUAUUGUUUCAUAAAUUUGAGUGUUUACUUCUUUUAAUAGUUUUUUGUGAUUUAUAAUAUCUAAACGUAAAAAAUAGUAAAUUAAUUUCUUCAAAAACGUUUGGGAAAAUAUAGUCAUAAUAUUAGAAAAUUGUUUUAUUCUGUAAUUCAUUUUUAUAUUACAAUGCAUUAAAAAACUUUUUGAUGCUUAAUUUUCAAUGCAUUUCCAGAUGUUUGCCUUCAAAAACCCCUCUCCCAUGAUAUCGGCUCAUUGGCUAAUAUAUUCUCUUUUUCUAACAUUACCGUAUGGCAACCCUAGUAGUACCAAAUUGUUCAAAGAGUAAAUUUGUUGUAAAAUGUCUUCUAAUUUCACAAAUGAGUUGUCGGUUUUUAUACAGUAAUAAGCCAUUGGUGUAAACUUAGAACAAUUGCUGGAAAAGGGUUAAAACAAAAACCAGAGCUGAGCAUAAUAAUAGUAUACAUUACUAGGCCUUUCUGGAUGACCGAUAUUUAUAAUAAAACUACUUGCAGUUUCAAAAGUAUAAAAUGUGUAUUAAAAAUUGUUUUGAAAUAAUAGAUAGGUGUUGCUAUAACAUUUACGUAAUUAGCAGUAAUUAAAACAUUCUGGGCAUAAAUGAUGUAUUAUUUGGAACAUUGUAUUAUAACCUCUGUAAUAAAGUGACAACGUAGUUGUCUUAGUACUGAAGUUUACCACAUUAUUUUGUUGUAUAGUGCUGUUUUUUUUUAUUGUGAGAGUAUUGUAUAAACCUUCCAGAAUAUGCAGUUUACAAGAAGUAUUUGUUUGUAGUUUACAUGCAUGAUUUUUUCACUUUUUUUAUAAAAUUGUGGGUUUUUAUUUAAUUCAUUGUCUAAAUAAUAUAAUAUUUUGUAUUAUAGCUUAUAAUAUCAUCGGAAAUAUUUGCUUUGGUAAAGGUAAUUAAAAAAGUGUUGGUAAGAUAUAAAAAAAUAAAGAUAAAGGUGUUACUUACUUUUGUAUGAAAAAGUUUACUCCAAACAUGAGAUUUAAAAUUGUACCUAACUCAAGAAAAUAAAUCAAACAUGAUGCUACUAAAGAAUAAGGCAUUUUCCUAAACAUAUGCUAAAUCCCUUUAUUUAGCACUGUGUAUUUUUGGAAAACAGAACUUGAAAGCUAUGUAGUAGUUUUGGCCCGCAGGUUUUGUUACCUGAUCCUUCGAAGGUUAUCACCAAAUCUAUAGGGAAUUUAUAGCUUUAAUUGAGGAUUUUAGUAUUUCUCUUAAGACAGUUUGGAGGGCCUUAGCCCACCUGGGUCUUCCCUCUAAUACUGAUAUCAAGUCUGAUUUUUAAGUACAUACGAGUUAAUUUUAUGUUUAAAAUAAUUAGUAUGAGUUAUGGAAUCUAUAAUUCAGGGUAAUACUUAUCUAAAAUUCGUCAUCAGUGAUUGACCUAUUGAAAAAACCAGAAUCGUUUUCAAAUGAAUUUUUCCAAACGGUAACACAUUCAACUAUUUUCAAUUUUUAAUUUGGCAACAGCAACUUAAGCAUGAUUUUUCCAUGAAUUUUUUUAAACCCAAAAGUUUAGUUAAUAUAAUAAUGUGCACUGUUGAUUUUCCUAGAUUUAGUUCAUCAGCUAUCAUUCGGACAGUUUUUCAACAAUUGGUAAGGACAGGGGACCGCACACAAUCAGUGUUGUUGUCACUGGUUGCUCCUGCUUUGCAUUAUCCAUGGCAUCUUGGUUGUCGUCUUUAAAACACUUAAUCCACUUGAAAACGGAUGUUUUCUUCAUAGCAUUAUCACUGUAAACAGCUGUCAACAUUUCAAUAAUUUCUUGAUUGAUAACUUUUACCGCACAUCAUCAAAAACUUAUUAUUGAUUCAUUGCUCCGUGAUUUUGUCAAUUUCCUAUUUUUUUAAACAAUACAUGAACAAAAGAAACUAACACAACUAUCACCAUACGCACACAAGCACUGACGGCUCAUUGGAUCUUAGGCAACUAGUGCCACCAGUGGGCAGGACUAUAGUCCAUGUAAUGGCCGCUAAUUUGCAACAGUUCAUAUACAUGAACUUGCUCAUAAACAAAUAAACAUAUACAUGUUGGAAAGACCUCGUAUCAUACAAGACAUAUAAUUGUAGCUUAAAUUAAUAGUUUUUGGAUUCUAUACUUACUAAAUUAUAAACGAGAAAUUUAUUGAUUAUGUAAAUAUUGUAUAAAAUAUAAAUAUGUAUCCUCACCAUCUUCAAAUGUUAAUAACCGCUCUUUCCAGUCUUUGAAAUGUACGUUUGUACAGUUGGAGGAAUUUAGCUGUGCUCGUAGGGCCCUAAUACUAACCUUUCAAAGAAUACACGCUAUCUGUGUGGCGGGUUGCGUUUACGUGCUAGCCGCUGAGAUGAAGGUACAACAAUCACUUUAACGACUUUAAUCUCACGAUUUCGAUUUGCAUAUUAGUAUUGACAAAUACAUUAUUUUCACAAACACGUUAAACAACACUAUAACAACUGAAAAACAAGGAUAAGUCCCAUUAUUGCAAUUAUUUGGUAUUCUAUUAUUAUUUAAUUCCACCAAAAUCAGCACUGUCACAAAACAGACUGAUUGUAGCGAGUGAUUUGGUUCAAUACGAUUCCUGAAAGGAUGGUUUUACUCAUGAGUCACAGUAAAUGUUUUCUGGACGCAGCGCAUAAUGCUACCCCGCCACCCCUCCUGCCUAUCACCACACACUCAAGAUCACGCGCGCAGCUAAAGUCCUCGAACUGUACUGUGUAAUUUAAUAAUAAAGGGCCUUAAUAUUAGCUGACUUGUUAUUGAGUCCAGUAUUGGUAUAUUUAUUGUAAUAAUGACUAGUUGAUGAAGUUCUUGCUUCUGAUCAUGGUCAAUGGUGCAUUUCAAUGUUAAAACUGUACACUUUAUAAACAACCCAGAACUAUUAUAAUAGAAUAAGAACCUCGAGAUAUAGACACAAACUUUUAUACAAUUUUAGUUUUGAGAGCCUCCACACAUUACAACCUCUACAGCUUGAGAUUGUGAAUGUAUACAACUAUUUCAAAUUUUAUCAUGCAAUUUGUACUCUUAUUGUAUGCAAGUGUUUGUUGGUGUUUUUGACUUUUAAGAUGUAAUUUUGUUGUUAUAUGUUAUUUCAUGUAAUAUAUUUCAUGCAUAAAUUCAUGUGUAAUUUCUGAAAUGUUUACUUUCCGCUGUACAAAAAUAAAAGGUUUUUAUAAUCUGUUGCCUUUAA